GUUUAAUCAGCUAGAGAAGCCGACCGCAAUCGCAAACGUUUACCAACUGGCUAAUAAGCCCAAAGUCCAGACUUGACUGCUCACGCACGUACAGUGCUUCGUGCUUGUUACAGUAUUUAUUGUCACAUUUUAGAUUAAUGAAAUCAUUUUUACGCAAACUGCAUUCCGAAUUUCCGACGGUCCAGUAACUUGAUUUGUACUUUGUGGUCUGUUACGUUUGACGCUUUGGAAGUCUCCAGGAUCAUGGCUAAACCCGAUCAGGAAGAUCAGAUUGAAGAUGCUUCGGAGUUGCGAUUUCCAAAAGAAUUCGAGACCGCAAAAACGCUGCUAAAUUCUGAAGUUUACAUGCUAUUAGAAGCCCGCAAAGCGCAGAACGAAGCUGCCGACGAUGAAGCCGAACUUCCUCCGAUAUUCCUGAAAACCCAUGUCUACACGCACAGAUUCAGUGUCUUCAAGAACCGCGAUACAAUAGUCGCGGUCCGCCACAUGUUGUCCACCAAAGAUCUCCAUCAGUACGAGUUGGCCAGCCUCGCCAAUAUCUUACCUGAGAGCGCCGAUGAAGCUAAAGCCCUUAUCCCCAGUUUGGAUCGCUUCAACAACGACGAACUGCAGGAAUUACUCGAUGACAUGAAAACGAAAAAGAGUUUCCAAGCGUGAUACACGUCUUUCCUUUUCCGAUGAUCUGGGGAAGACUUCGUAGAUGUGAACGAGAAGCGGCAUCCUUGAUGGGCACGCGAACUGCUGUAAUAAUUUUGCCAGCUGCGGUUCAUCUACGUACUUUUGAUCUACUUCGUUAUGGAAAGUCGAAAGCUGUUACUGUGUUACAAGCCUGUUUCCUGUGUUUUUAUUUGUCAUUAUCCUGUUUGAAGCAGGCAUGCACUAACACGUGUGAAGUGUGACUAAUACAGCUCCACGUUUUUGCUUGCCCUUUUUGGGUUUAACUGUUUUGUUGGACGGAAAUUGGCUUGAUGAAAAUUGCUUCCAAGCCGGAAUAUUUUUUUAUUGGUAUGGCACUGGCGAAACUCUGGCGAAAGAUCAUGGACUCUGUAUCUGUACGUGUAUUGCAUCUUAAAUUCGGCUAACAAGUUGACUGAUUUUCGGAUUAACGGAAUGAAAUGAAAUGCCGGUUG